CACAACAUCAAAAUCUUCGAUUCGAUUUUGUUGUUGUUUUUUUACGAGAAAUUUGUAUUUAAUUCAAACAUAUUUAUUUAUAUAUGUUAUUAUUAGGAAGAAUAUGAGUAGGGAAUUAAUGUUUAAAGCAUGGUGAAAAUUGGGUUGCAAUUCAAGUGUAGUCUGGAAAAUGUCACUGAUGUUCAACCUGAGGAAGAUGAUUUCAGAUGGUAUCUGAAGGUGAAAUGUUUAAACUGUGGAGAAGAAAAUCCCAAUUGGAUUUAUGCUACUUUGCAGGAAUGUCAACCAAUCAAAGGAGGCCGAGGACAAGCAAAUUUUGUCUCGCAUUGUAAAUUAUGUGGAAGACAUAAUUCAUUAGAUAUAUUGAAAGAUUCAAUAAAACCUUAUAAGGCUGAUGAUGACAACAAAUACAAAACCAUAGUAUCCUUUGAUUGUCGAGGACUGGAGCCUACAGAUUUCUCUCCAAGAGUUGGUUUUUCUGCUAAAGGAUUGGAAACAGAGACAAAAUUUAAUGAUAUCGACUUAACAGAAAAGGAGUGGGCUGACUAUGAUGAACAAGCUCAAGAGUCUGUAGGAAUAUACGAAGUGACGCAUAAAUUUGUUAAAUUAUAGAUGUAUAUCAAUGAUAUUCAAUUAAUCUCUUAAUUGUGAAAUGUGAGCUUCAGAACAUUUGAUUUAUCAUAGAAAAUCAAGUCAUUUUACAUCAUCUUUUAACUAAUUUGCCCCACACCAUCAAUAGAAAUACAUAUGAACUUAACAA